AAUUAGAGAACAUAUAUGAUCAAACGAAUAGAGCUAAGUUAUAUCAACUUCAAAGAGAAAUAAAUGAUCUGGUUCAAGGAAGCCUUGAUGUUACUGGUUAUUAUACAAAAAUGAAGAAAUUAUCGAAAGAAAUGAGUACACUGGAUACAAAUUCAAAGUGUACUUGUUUGUGCACUUGUGGUGGAAAGAUUAAGAUACACGGAGUUGAGCAGGAUAGGCGACUUAUUCAUUUUUUGAUAGGACUAAACAAGGUUUACACUAAUAUAAAGGGAAAUAUUCUAAUGAUGAACUUAUUACCAAGUAUGGCACAAUCCUUUUCAAUACUGUCUCAGGAAGAAAAGCAGAGAGAGGUCAGACCUAACAAUCACACUAUUUUGGAAUCCACAUCUCUGAGUGCAUUUGGUUCUCACAACACAGGUUUUAGAACAAAUCAUAACUCAUACAAGGGUGCUUCCAGCAUCACUGGCAACACAUACAGGGGUCCUCCUCCUCCUGGAAACAGUAGGAACACAUAUUCGCAAAACAACAAUUUCUACUCACAAAACUGGUCAAAUCUCUUUUGUGAUCAUUGUAAGAGACCUGAGCACACUAGAGACAGGUGCUACAAAAUACAUGGUUAUCCCUCAAACUUUAAGUUCACUAAAGGGAGAACCACCGGAUCUGUGGCAAAUGUGUAUGCAAGUGAAGCUGAUAAGGGACUUAUGAAGACAGUCUUAAGAUUAAAAGAGAAGGACCACUGAACCUGUCCAAGGAACAAUAUGAACAAUUGUUGAAUCUGCUAGGAACUCUGCAGGCUGGAAAUGGUGAUACUGAUAAUUCAAGCAACAUUCUCAGUGGAGUUGUAAACCUUGCAGGGCCCUUCUCUGAAGAGCCCUCUGGAAGUUGGUAAAGCAAGGAACGGGUUGUACUUCUUUUGCUCAAAGUGUCACAAUUGUUGUUCACCCUCUGUUGGUAACAGUUUCAAUUCUUUUUCAUGUCCUGUUCCUAUUGGUUGUAAUAGUCAAACUUCAUCAUCAUUUUCAUGUUCUAUGUCUGUUGAUUGUGAAAGUCAGACUUCAUCAUCAUUUAUUCCUCUUGUAAAAUACUCUCAUGCAAAUAAUAAAGGGGCCUGAUCUAAUGUUGAUUCUA